ACGUGGUAGGCGCGACCAAGCGCGUCGCGUCUUGCUUUCAAUUCGUCCUAUGGCUUCAGUGUCACGAAAGCGCGUUGCCGCCAGUUCUGUGGACUCGAGCUCUACCAAAAGACGGAAGAUCCAGGCUGAAAGUUCAACGGUCACUGUCACAACAGGCGUAGAAGAAUCAUGUCAGGGCAGUGUACUUGACAUUAAAGCUGUCAUAGAGAACUUAGAGCGUGAGACUAUGGGAGGUUCCUGGAGGGCUGCAUUAGACAAGGAAUUCACGAAGCCGUAUUUCCAAAAGCUCAAAGAAUUCCUCAUUGCGGAGCAUCAUGCGCAUACCGUAUACCCAAAGCUGAACGAUGUUUACUCUUGGUCACGAUUGACACCACUUGGCUCUGUGAAAGCCGUUAUACUAGGCCAGGAUCCAUAUCAUAAUGUAGGACAAGCGCAUGGACUCUCUUUCUCCGUCCUCCCUCCAACUAAGCUCCCUGGCUCCCUGAGGAAUAUCUAUAAACAACUUUCAAGUGACAUCCCCACUUUCAAAGUCCCCACGUCUGGGGAUCUGACGCCCAUGGCAAAGGCUGGAGUUCUCUGGUUGAACACCUGCCUGACCGUACGGGCGCAUAAUGCCAACUCGCAUUCAAAAAAAGGUUGGGAGACCUUCACCGACGCUGUUAUCCGAGCGGUGCUCGACCGUCCGGACGGAAGAGGGGUUGUCUUCUUUGCCUGGGGUUUGCCUGCCCAAAAACUAUACGACAGACUUGGGAUUGACGAGGAAAAGCAUCUGGUGUUAAGAUCUCCACAUCCCUCUCCUCUUUCAGCCCAUCGGGGCUUCCUUGGAAACGCUCACUUCAAGAAAGCCAAUGAAUGGCUGCAGAAGACACGCGGAGAAGAGAUUGAUUGGACGGCUCUCAGUUCUGUUCCACCUUAGGCGCAGGUCGCCACAUCUUAACGACAUGAAUAUCAGUAUCUUACCUACAGGAAAGCGAAUGCAAUUGCUACACAAAAUAGAAUCAUU